AAAAGGGGCGUAGAAUUCACUGCGCACUCACAUCCGCGUCCUUCCGUCAGUCAGAAGGUCAAUCAACACCGUGUAAACAAUCCUCUCCGAACGUGACACCGUAACUUCAUAUCCGGAUCUCAAGAAACUCGAGGACCGUGUCGUGAUUUUCUUUCCACGAGCAGGAUGAGUUCAGCGGGUCUGGAGAAGCUGCGCACGACGGGCGCGGGCAGGGCGAUCGCCGUCCUGACCAGCGGCGGAGACGCGCAAGGUAUGAACGCAGCGGUGCGAGCCAUGACCCGUAUGGGUAUUUAUUCUGGAGCAAAAGUUUAUCUGGUGUAUGAGGGUUAUCAAGGGCUGGUGGAUGGAGGAGAUAAUAUUAAACUCGCCAACUGGCAAAGUGUCACCAAUAUAAUCCAACUGGGAGGGACGGUGAUCGGCAGCGCCCGCUGUAAAGCUUUCACCACGCGCGAGGGCCGUUUAUCUGCAGCGUUUAACCUGGUGAAGCGUGGCAUCUCUAACCUGUGUGUCUGCGGCGGGGACGGCAGUCUCACGGGGGCUAAUAUCUUCCGCACGGAGUGGACUGGACUGCUGGAUGAGCUGCUGAAGAAAGGCCGGAUCACUGAAGAAACAGCCAAACAUCACAGUCAUCUGAACAUCGUGGGUCUGGUGGGUUCCAUUGAUAAUGAUUUCUGUGGAACUGACAUGACCAUCGGCGCUGACUCCGCCCUCCAUCGCAUCACUGAGAUUAUUGACGCCAUCACCACCACAGCGACAAGCCACCAGCGCACAUUUGUGUUAGAGGUCAUGGGUCGCCACUGCGGGUAUCUGGCUCUGGUUUCAGCUCUGGCGUCUGGAGCUGAUUGGCUGUUUAUUCCUGAAGCUCCUCCUGAGGAGGGAUGGGAGGAGCUCAUGUGUAAUCGACUGGGAGAGAGCCGCAGAAAAGGAUCCAGACUGAACAUCAUCAUCAUUGCUGAAGGAGCCAUCAGUAAAAGUGGUGAGCCCAUCACCUCCAACUAUAUCAGAGACCUUGUUGUGUCUCGGUUGGGAUAUGACACGCGAGUGACGGUUUUGGGUCACGUCCAGAGAGGCGGAACCCCUUCAGCCUUCGACAGGGUUUUGAGCACUAAGUUGGGCGUGGAGGCCGUGGUGGCCCUGUUGGAGGCGGAGAAGGACACGCCCGCAUGUGUGAUCGGCCUGUCGGGUAAUCAGUCUGUGCGGCUGCCGCUCAUGGAAGCGGUGGAGAUGACUAAAGAGGUGCAGAGGGCCAUGAAUGAGAAACGCUUUGAAGAAGCCAUACAGUUACGAGGACGGAGCUUUGAGAACAACUGGAACAUGUAUAAACUGCUGGCCUAUCAGAAGCCUUCUCAGACACAGAGCGGACGUUCCAUGGCCAUACUGAACGUGGGGGCUCCAGCGGCAGGUAUGAACGCAGCGGUGCGCUCAGCGGUCCGGGUCAGUUUGGCCACAGGACAUCGGGUUUAUAUUGUCAGCGAUGGAUUUGAGGGUCUGGCCAACGGAGAGGUUAAUGAGGUUGCGUGGCAUCAGGUGGCCGGUUGGACGGGACAGGGUGGAUCUCUGCUGGGAACCAAACGAACGCGUCCGAGCACCUGUAUGGAAAAACUGGUGGAAAAUCUCAAAAAGUUUAAUAUUCAGUCCCUGCUGGUCGUCGGUGGUUUUGAGGCUUAUGAGGGAAUAUUACAGUUGGUUGAGGCCAGGGGGCGAUAUGAUGAGUUAUGUAUUCCCAUGUGUAUCAUUCCCGCCACCAUCAGCAACAAUGUGCCCGGCACUGACUUCAGUCUGGGGGCAGAUACCGCCGUCAAUGCUGCUAUGGGUAGCUGUGAUAAGAUCAAGCAGUCAGCCACCGGGACAAAGAGAAGAGUUUUUGUGGUGGAGACUAUGGGGGGAUUCUGUGGUUACUUGGCAACCUACACUGGCAUCGCUGUUGGUGCGGAUGCGGCAUAUAUUUUUGAAGAAUCGUUUAACAUCCAUGACCUCAAAACUAACGUGGAGCAUUUGACCGAGAAGAUGAAGAAAGACAUUCAGAGGGGUCUGGUGUUGAGGAACGAGAAGUGUCAUGAGCAGUACAACACAGAUUUCAUCUACAAGCUUUACUCGGCUGAAGGGAAAGGCGUCUUCGACUGUAGGGUCAAUGUUCUGGGACACCUGCAGCAGGGCGGUGUGCCCACACCCUUUGACAGGAACUACGGCACUAAACUGGGCGUGAGAGCUGUUCAGUGGUUAACUGAGAAGAUGACCAGCACUUUUAGACAAGGUCGCGUGUUCGCUAACAGUCCAGACACCGCCUGUGUGAUCGGACUCCAGAAGAAAGUUCUGUCCUAUAGUCCUGUGACUGAACUGAAGGAUCAGACGGACUUCGAACACAGAAUGCCCAAAGUACAGUGGUGGAUAAACCUGCGUCUGAUGCUGAAGAUGUUGGCCAAAUAUCAGACCUCCUUCGAUGAGUAUGUGCCCGGAGAGAUUGAACAUGUGACGCGUCGCUCUCUCAGUGUAGACACCGGCUUUUAAAACAUCAGUUUACCUCACUGCCACACAAACACACAUCAUCUAAAAACAGACAGAUUCUGGAGUAAAACAUGACUCCAGAUCUGUGCCUGAUCUCAAUGAGGCUGAGACAACUCUAAAUCCCUCCAUCAAAGCACCUGUUCAGUUAAAACGUGUCUAAAGCUGUAGUUUCUAAUUAUUAGUAUAGUAUCAAUGAAAAACUAAAUACUUUAUUGUCAACAGAAUUCAAUUUUUUGUUAUAAAUAGUUACUUUGAUUUCUUAGAAAUAUUUUAUAGUUUUAUUCAGUACAGUAUUAAGCUGACAUCUGAUUGGUCUGUGAUUGGUGGACACAUAGAUAUGAAUGGGACAAAGAAGAGAAAGGGUUUAAGAAUAAAAACAAUGAGCGUAAUUCUGCUUUAAAUUUUGUUGUUGUUUUACAACAAAAGUUUCGUUUUAAUUUUAAUAUGUCCAAGUCAGAAUUAGCAUGUUACUUGAAUUUAUCUAAAAUAUUGUGUAACACUGAAUUUUUGUGAACACUGAAUAAUGAAACUGUAACUCUUAAUUAUGACAUUUUAUUCUCCCAAAACUUAGCUGAAACCAUAAAGUAGACAUUUUACUUACAAUUAAUGUGUUUUCUAUGGACAUAAAAUCACUUUUGUUCAUUUCUUUUGAUGGGGACAUCUUAAAGUCUUUGACACGUAUACAUAGAUGCUACAUUCCACCACUCCAGACAACAUCUAUAUAUAUGUACGUAUAUAUCUGCUGGAGCAGAUUUGGGACUUUUAUUGUAGAAAGCCUCAGACUUUCAUGUUGCAAUGCACCUUUGGACAAUUCAAUAUAGACACGCUGUUAAAAUAAGACAAAAAACUAUUUAAAAUAUUUUGUUACUUCCUGCCAUAUCUAGUGUAUAUUUCAGUAUUGUUUCAUGAGAGAAUGAAGUGUGAUCAUAAGCAGUUGAGGUUGACAGAUAACCUGACUCUGUGACUCUUUAAACGUGUUGUUGCCUGUUGUGCGGUUAAGGGACUGUAAUAUCAGUGUGAUCAUUGUUAAUCUAGUGUUGCAUGUUUCACACAUUCAUUAUUGAAUACUUGUAUAACCGUUUUCACAUUGCACUGUAUGUAACAAACACAAACGUGUCAUUUCACUGAAAUAGUGUAAGGCUGUAAAACUUUACGAGUAAAUAAUAUAUCUGUAUUUAGAUGUUAUAUGAAUGUAAUGAAAUAGCUGAAUGUCUUUGAAAUCCUCUUUAUUGCCAUUUAAGAUAAAUUAACAUAUAUAAAUCAUAUAAUAAUAAAAUGUAUAUUUAAAAACUGAA